AUAAUAUUUUUUGUUUUUUUAUAUAUUAUAUUAAUUAUUAUGAUGUGGAAAAAUAAGUACUGGAAUGCUAUUUCACGUACCAAUAUUUCAAUACUAGAUAUGCCAAGUGUGAUAAAAAAAUCUUAUAUUACAUACAAAUUUUAUAAUUUCUUAUUGUAUAUAAUAUUAUAUCUUAUUGUCGUAUUUAACCUAAUUGGUAUGAGUAAUAGUCUUUCCUUAUUAAAGGGUACAUAUGGUGUUGUAGAUUUACUUGUUGGUAUAAGUAUUAUAGUGACUAAUUUUUUGUCAUUAUUUACUUUAACAUUAAGUUUAAUAAUUGUAAGAUAUUUUAUUUAUUUAAUAUGUAAAACCACCCGGCGGUGUCACGUGAUUGUAAUAAUAUAUAAUUUGUUUUUUUGUUUCAAAAAAGGAAUUUGUAUGUCGAUUACUUAAUUAAUAAUCACGUGACACCGACC